UGUAUCGGGGGUUUAUAAACGACAGCCUGGCCUAACAGAAACAACGGUCGUCUGCGAAACUUGUGCUGUCUUCUGCAAGUACGCUGUCGCUGACACAGUGAAGAGCAUCAACCAAUCAUGAAGGUCCUUCUCCUGUUACUCGUCGUCAUUGGAUUGGCAGCAGCUGAUGCCUUGCCUUGGAAGGGACGUAGAAGUGCUGAUCCCGUGGCAGCAGCUUACGUUGCUUGGUUGGGACGUAGAAGUGCUGAUCCUGUGGCAGCAGCUUACGUUGCUUGGUUGGGACGUAGAAGUGCUGAUCCUGAGGCAGCAGCUCAAUUGCCGUUUCUGUCGUCGUAUCGUAGAAGUGCUGAUCCCGAGGCAGCAGCUCAAUUGCCGUUUCUGUCGUCGUAUCGUAGAAGUGCUGAUCCCGUGGCAGCAGCUUAUGACGUGCCUGCGUGGGGACGUAGAAGUGCUGAUCCCGCCAAACGAGGCAUCUUCGACCCGCCAAAGGUUCCAAUUGGAAAUGGUCUGUGUUAUUAUCUGGACGUCAUAAUACCGUGUUAGCAGAAGAGUCUACAACGGUAGGCACGUGACGAGGUGAAAGAAAAGACUCUCGCAAUAAAGCUGAAAAUAUGAAGCUCGAA